AUGAAUGAAGAAAAUAUAGAUGGGACAAAUGGAUGUAAUAAAGUUCGAACUGGUACUCAAAAUGAAGCAGCUUUACUUGCUUUGAUGGAAAAGACUGGUUACAGCAUGGUUCAAGAAAAUGGGCAAAGGAAAUUUGGUGGUCCUCCUCCAGGUUGGGAAGGCCCACCCCCACCUAGGGGUUGUGAAGUUUUUGUAGGAAAAAUACCUCGUGAUAUGUAUGAAGAUGAAUUAGUUCCUGUAUUUGAAAGAGCUGGGAAGAUAUAUGAAUUUCGCCUUAUGAUGGAAUUUAGUGGUGAAAAUCGAGGUUAUGCUUUUGUGAUGUAUACUACUAAAGAAGAAGCACAGUUGGCCAUCAGAAUUCUUAAUAAUUAUGAGAUUCGACCAGGAAAGUUUAUUGGUGUAUGUGUAAGCUUAGAUAAUUGCAGAUUAUUUAUUGGAGCUAUUCCCAAGGAAAAGAAGAAGGAAGAAAUUUUGGAUGAAAUGAAGAAAGUUACAGAAGGAGUUGUAGAUGUUAUUGUUUAUCCAAGUGCAACUGAUAAGACAAAAAAUCGUGGUUUUGCUUUUGUUGAAUAUGAAUCUCAUAGAGCUGCUGCUAUGGCCAGGAGAAAACUAAUUCCAGGAACAUUCCAGCUGUGGGGCCAUACCAUUCAAGUUGAUUGGGCUGACCCAGAGAAAGAGGUGGAUGAGGAAACCAUGCAGAGAGUUAAAGUUCUCUAUGUAAGAAAUUUAAUGAUCUCAACUACAGAGGAAACAAUUAAAGCAGAAUUCAAUAAAUUCAAACCUAGUGCAGUUGAAAGAGUAAAGAAACUUAGAGAUUAUGCAUUUGUCCACUUUUUCAACCGAGAAGAUGCUGUGGCUGCUAUGUCUGUUAUGAAUGGAAAGUGCAUUGAUGGAGCAAGUAUUGAAGUAACCCUGGCAAAGCCAGUAAAUAAAGAAAAUACUUGGAGGCAGCAUCUUAAUGGUCAGAUUAGCCCAAAUUCUGAAAACCUGAUUGUGUUUGCUAAUAAAGAAGAGAGCCACCCCAAAACUCUAGGCAAACCUCCUACUCUGCCAGCUCGUCUUAACGGUCAGCAUAGUCCAAGCCCUCCUGAAAUUGAAAGAUGCACAUACCCAUUUUUUCCUGGAAUAAAGCUUACUCCAAUUAGUAUGUAUUCAUUAAAAUCCAAUCAUUUCAAUUCUGCAGUAAUGCAUCUAGAUUAUUACUGCAACAAAAAUAAUUGGGCACCACCAGAAUAUUAUUUAUAUUCAACAACAAGUCAAGAUGGGAAAGUACUCUUGGUAUAUAAAGUAGUUAUUCCUGCUAUUGCAAAUGGCACCCAGAGUUACUUCAUGCCAGACAAACUCUGUACUACAUUAGAAGAUGCAAAGGAACUAGCAGCCCAGUUCACAUUACUUCAUUUGGACAGCAAUUUCCGUCGCAGCUCAAUAAAUAGUCUUUCCCCUGUUAGUGCCACCCUCUCUUCUGGGACUCCCAGCGUGCUUCCUUAUACUUCAAGGCCUUAUUCUUAUCCAGGCUAUCCCUUGUCACCAUCAAUAUCACUUGUUAAUGGCAGCCAUAUUGGACAGCGACUAUAUAUCUCCAAUCAGGCCUCAUUCUUCUGA